UUCCAGGAGAAGGGGAACUUGGAGGUGCUCCUCUUUACUAUCCAAAGCAAGCUCAGAGCUAACAACCAGAAACCAUACGUGCCUCAUGAAGGGAAACUCAUCUCUGAUAUCAAUAAGGUAAUGAAUACUAGUAUAAGUGGGAAUAAGGAGUGUCUGAAAUGCCUGAACAGAUAAUGCAAUAACUGGACAGGUCUUGGCAAAUAUAAACUCCUUCUUUAUCAGUAAAUCAGUGCAAAUUACUCCUCUUUAAGUUUGUUACCAUGCUUCAUUGUGGGUAAAUGUUCCUCUGGUUUUCAUUUGGCUAGGCGUGGGAGAGGCUGGAGAAGGCGGAGCAUGAGAGAGGCGUGGCCCUACGGCAGGAGCUGAUUCGGCAGGAGAAGCUGGAGCUGCUGGCCCAGCGGUUUGACCACAAGACCACCAUGAGACAGGCGUGGCUCAACGAGAACCAGCGCCUCGUGUCUCAGGUAGGGACCACAGGCCCACAGUGACUAGUGUCUCUAAAAUAUCACAUAAGGGCCAUAUCCUAACAGUCUUAUAGCAAUAGUCUUAUAAUGUAGCUGUGGAUUGAGAAUGAAAUGUCUUUAGAAUGUAUUUUUAGAACCAAUGGCAGUAUUGUAUAACAUUAAUUACUUUUAAAUGGACAUUGGUAUAUUAAGAUUUAUUUUCCUAUGACUGCAUUGCCCUGACUGAGUAAACCCUUACACAAUCACCUGCCUGUAGUUAAGUGAACCUCUGCCUGACUGAAUGUCCCGUCCCAUCAGGAUAACUUUGGCUACGACCUGCCAGCGGUGGAGGCCGCCAUGAAGAAGCACGAGGCCAUUGAGGCGGACAUCUCGUCCUAUGAGGAGCGCAUCGGGGUGGUGGUGGAGCUGGCUGGAGAGAUGGAGACGGAGGGUUACUACGACAUCCGGCGCAUCUCGGCCCGCAAGGAGAACAUCCUGGGCCAGUGGAGCCUGCUGAAGGAGCUGGUGGUGGGGAGGAAGGCCCGGCUGGAGAAGAACCUGGCCCUGCAGAAGAACUUCCAGGACAUGGUCUACAUGAUUGACUGGAUGGAGGACAUGCAGGUGAGACUUUUGUCAUGCAUUUUACAUUACAUGAACACUAUACUAUCUCAAAGUUGUGUCGACUCAACGGUAUAGACUCUGGGUUGACAUUCGUGUACACAUGAAAUGAUAAUGUGGAGAUACAGUGCAUGAAAAAACAGUGAGAAACCCUUGAGACAUUGACUUUUAAGUUUUAGUACAGGCAGCAUGGUCAGUGAAAGCACUGCUGAGUGUCAGGAAGGUGACCAACAUCCCACUCACCACAGGUCCAGCUCCUUUCCAAAGACUUCGGCAAGCAUCUGCUGGAGGUGGACGACCUGCUGCAGAAACACAGCCUCCAGGAAGCUGACAUCAUAGUGCAGGCAGAGAGGGUACAGACCCUUAACACAGCCGCUCUCAAAUUCACCACCAUCGAAGGUAAGACAUCAGAUGGCAGAUGUUCACAGAUCGUCUUCAGUGAGAAGUGGAAUGUGCUUUGAUAACAACUUGGUGAUUUUGAGGGAUGAAAUAUUUGGAUAUGAUAGGAUUAGAAAUACGGACUAUUGCUGUUAUGUCUCCCAUGGUCUCGGAAAAAUGCACUGUUAAAAAAAACUAAUGUUUUGUAUUAAGAGUGUGUAGGAGUAUAGUUUACUGUACAUUGAGUGGUGAAGAUGGUCAUGGCACUUCCAGAUAGAGCCACAAGAGGACAAGACUUUCCACAAUUUAUUUUCUGAAGAUCCAUUUACAAUACAGAAGUGAAUGAAUGUAGUUAUUUCAAUUUUGUGGAUAUUGCAUAGUUCUUUUGUAAAACUUUAUGCCCAUUUUAUAUCAGUAAUAGUGUUUUGUUUACAUGCAAAGUUCAUUGAGUGUUCAGAAACAGUCCCCCAUAGACAUCUCUAAUACAGACAUGUAUAUUGAGUGCUGUCCCCUGUCCCCUGUCCACUAUUCUCUCUCCUUCCCAGGCUACCAGCCCUGUGACCCCCAGGUGAUCUGCAACCGGGUCAACCACGUCAGUACCUGCCUGGAGGAGCUCAAGCAGCUGGCGGCCAAGCGGCGCUCGGAGCUGGAGGAGUCUCAGCACCUCUGGGCCUUCUUCCAGGAGGUGGAGGAGUCCGAGGCCUGGAUCCGCGAGAAGAGCUCCAUCCUGGCCACCCAGACCUGCGGCAAGGACCUGAGCAGCGUGCUGCGGCUGCUCCAGAAACACAAGACCCUGGCUGGGGAGCUGCUGGCUCGCCGCUCCCUCCUCCAGCAGACCAUGAAAAAGGGCAAGCAGAUCCUGAUGGAGAAGAGCUUCGGCACGGGGGACAUCCAGGAGCGCAUCAUGGAGGUGAAAGGGGAGUGGAAGAGGCUAGAGGACCAGGCGGCGCAGAGACUCGGCCACCUGCAGGAAGCACUAAAUUUCUUCCAGUUCAGCACUGAGACGGAUGACCUGCUGGCCUGGCUGCAGGACGCCUACCGCCUGGUGUCCAGCGAGGACUUUGGCCACGACGAGUACUCCACCCAGUCGCUGCUCAAGAAGCACCGGGGUGUGCGCGAGGCCGUGGACAAGCACCGGCUGCAUGUAGUAACUCUGCGCAAACACAUGGUGGCGCUGCCACUGCACUACCGGGAGCUGAACGAGGUUCAGUCGAGGAUGGGCGAGGCGGAGCAGCUGUACGCCGAGGUGGCCGAGGUGGCCGUCCUAAGGCAGCAGUGGCUGCAUGACGCACUGGCCGUCUACCUCAUGUUCAGCGAGGUCAACGCCUGCGAGGUGUGGAUCGAUGAGAAGGAGCAGUGGCUCAACAAGAUGGAGGUUCCAGAGAGGCUGGAGGACGUGGAGGUCAUAGCCCACAGGUACAGCUUCCGUCUGGGGUGGCGAUCAUAGGGACAAUGUUAGAUUUAAGUCAUGCUUUUAGUUAUAAAGUUAGUCAUGCAUUUUUCGGGAACCCUCCCUCAUAAGGGCUACAUAACACUGUCAUAACAAUGACCAAGCAUACAGUAUGUCAUAAACAGUCAUAACUAGCUGAUGGCUCUAUUGCAUUUAAAACAUACACUGCCUUUCAAAAGUCUGGGGUCACUUAGAAAUGUCCUUGUUUUCGAAAGAAAUCUAUUUGAAUCAAAUUGAUCAGAAAUACAGUGUAGACAUUGUUAAUGUUGUAAAUGGCUAUUGUAGCUGGAAACGGCUGAUUUUUAAUAGAAUAUCUACAUAGGCGUACAAAGGCCCAUUAUCAGCAACCAUCAGUCCUGUGUUCCAAUGGUAUAUUUUGUUCGCUAAUCCAAGUUUAUCAUUUUAAAAGGCUAAUUGAUCAUUAGAAAACCCGUUUGCAAUUAUGUUAGCACAGCUGAAAACUGUUGUGCUGAUUAAAGAAGCAAUAAAACUGGCCUUCUUGAGACUAAUUGAGUAUCUGGAGCAUCAGCAAUUGUGGGUUCGAUUACAGGCUCAAAAUGGCCAGAAACAAAUAACUUUCUUCUGAAACUCGUCAGUAUAUUCUUGUUCUGAGAAAUGAAGGCUAUUCCAUGCGAGAAAUUGCCAAGAAACUGAAGAGCUCGUACAACGCUGUGUACUACUCCCUUCACAGAACAGCACAAACUGGCUCUAAUCAGAAUAGAAAGAGGAGUGGGAGGCCCCGGUGCACAACUGAGCAAGAGGACAAAUACUUUAGAGUGUCUAGUUUGAGAAACAGACACUUCACAGGUCCUCAACUGGCAGCUUCAUUAAUAGUACCCGCAAAACACCAGUCUCAACGUCAACAGUGAAGAGGCGACUCUGGGUUGCUGACCUUCUAGGCAAAGUUGCAAAGAAAAAGCACGGUAGUGUACAUUCUCCCUCCUCUCAUGUCACGCUCUCUGUAGGUUUGAGAGCCUGGACCAGGAGAUGAACAGCCUGAUGGGAAGGAUUCUGGAUGUGAACCAGAUAGUGCAGCAGCUCCUGGACAGUGGUCAUCCCAGCUCUACAGAGGUCAGAGGCUGUCAGGACCACCUCAACAGCAGGUAACCCACCCCACUGUUCUCUGACUGACCAACUCUGGGGUGUAUUCACUAGGAACCAAACAGAAGCAAACGGCCAAAACGGGGAAGGACUAACCUAAACUUUACCAAUAAGAAUGUUUUGCUACAGUUUGCUGUGGUGUGCACUAAUGAAUGCACCCCAGGUCUCCCGAGUGGCGGAGUGGUCUAAGGCACUGCAUCGCAGUGCUAGCUGUGCCACUAGAGAUCCUGGUUCGAAUCGAGACCCAUGGGGCGGCGCAGAAUUGGCCCAGCGUCGUCCAGGGUAGGGGAGGGAAUGGCCGGCAGGGAUGUAGCUCAGUUGGUCGAGCAUGGCGUUUGCAACGCCAGGGUUGUGGGUUUGAUUCCCACGGGGGGCCAGUAUGAACAAUUAAAAAAUAAUGUAUGCACUCACUAACUGUAAGUCGCUCUAGAUAAGAGCGUCUGCUAAAUGACUAAAAUGUAAAUGUCUACUCCACAACAAGACAUAACAUAGACCUACCGGUCUCUCUGUUUACCCACUCAGCACCAAUAUGUGAUGAAAAUGUGACUUAUCUGCAUUGCGAAAUAACAUGGGAAUUAUGUAUAGUUUAAUAGAGAUUCAUCAACACAGGUAAUUUAUUGAAAAACUAAACACUACAUAGGCUGUGUUUAUACAGGCAGCCCAAUUCUGAAAAGAGCUGAUCUGAUUGGUCAAAAAAAAUUAUCAGAAUUGGGAUGCCUGUGUAAACGCAGCCAUAGAAACACAUCUGUCAAUCCAUGUACAGCACAUGGUGCAUAGUGUAUUGAUGAUAGUUUUUUUUCCCAGUUACCUCAUUCUUAACUCAUUUCCUGCCAUAUAAGGGAAGGGAGGAGGGUUGAUUAGAAGAAUCUGGUCCACUGUUCUUAUUUGGCCCAGAUCGGGAUCAACAGAAGCCAUGAUGAUCACAUGCAUGCUCCCUGCUGAUAGACCUGGAAGGGGACUGAUUGGACCAGAGACCCUAGUGACACCAUGGUGACACAGGCAGACAGAUCUUGACCAUGAUGGUCCUCUGUAGCUCAAUUGGGAGAGCAUGGUGCUUGUAACGCCAGGGUAGUGGGUUCGAGCCCCGGGACCACCCAUACGUAAAAAUGUAUGCACACAUGACUGUAAGUCGCUUUGGAUAAAAGCGUCUGCUAAAUGGCAUAUUAUUAUUAUCUAAAGCCAGGGCCAGGGUAGUGGAUGAUGGUUUUGGUGAAAUGCUACAGUGUCCCAGUUCCUCCUGAUCUUGGAAUACAUAGCCUCUCUCAGGGUGACCAUCUGUGUCGACUGCCUGCCACACCAAGUGCAUGACCAACCUGCCCAAAAUGUGUUCUCUUUGGCUUUACUAUAUUCUCCCUCAGUCUCAAACUGUUAUGGUUUUAGUUAUGACUAAAAAUAGCAUUCACGGAUAUUGUAGAUAUUAGGUAGAUGAUAUUGCUACCCUUUGAAGCCUCUGGCUAGGGGGUUCUGGCAUGACGUCAUGUUGGAUAUGCUUAGCUGAAUGAGUAUAAUUCAUGCCUGUUCUUUUGCUUGACCAUAUUAGUUGGCCUGGAAAUAAGCUAGACACAGUCUGUGUCAAGAAAAAGCCAAAACCCUAUGAGAUGCAAAUGACAACUAACAAACUAAACCAAUGUCCCUUAUUAAUGGAUUCGAUCAAUUGCACUAUUGAUUCCAUCCUGUUGGGCUCUGUUUGUAGAUGAAAAUAAUAGAUAUUUUAAUAGUCUAUAUAUUUUUCAAACAUGAAUUGUGACAAUUGUAAGAAUAGCUAAUACAUAGUGUAUGUUUUAGUAUACUAACUGAAUGAUAUGUGAAUUAUAAGCUUCAAACGGAUGCGGACUGACCCUGCCCCAAUUCCCACCCCUGUGCCCCUGUCUGUCCCCUCUAGGUGGAACCGCAUCGUGGAGAUGGUGGAGCAGAAGAAGGACCACCUGGACUCUGUACUCCGUCUCCAGAACUACCUGCUGGAGUGUGCUGAGAUCAAGUCCCAGAUCCAGGAGAAGCGCAAGGCCAUCGACACCACUCAGUACGUGGGCAGUGACCUGGGCGGGGUGCUGGCCCUACAGCGCCGACUCUCCACCAUGGAGGGGGCUCUGGCUGUGCUGGAGCCCAAGCUGCUUCACCUGCAGCAGGAGGCAGAGGAGCUGGCCAUCUCACACCCGGCCAAGGCCAUGGAGGUCCUGGAGCCCUUCGAGGGCAUCAGUGUGGAGUGGGAGGAGCUGAAGCGCACGCUGCAGGGCUGCGAGGACUCCCUGAUCGUGGCGGGGCGGCUGCAGCAGUUCAUCCAGGACCUGGACUGCUUCCUGACGUGGCUGGUGCAGACGCAGACGGCGGCAGCUAGCGACGAGCUGCCCAACGCGCUGGAGGAGGCCGAGAGGCUGAUCAACUGCCACGCGGCGCUGAAGGAGGAGAUCGGGAGGUACGAGGAGGACUACGAGCGGCUGCAGGCGGUCAACGAGCUGCUGGAGGCCGAGGAGGCUCCGCUACCCUAUGCUGCGCUACAGCAGUGGCUCCAGAAGCUGGAUGUGGGCUGGAACAAGCUGCUGGAGAUGUGGGAGAGCCGGAGGGAGGUGCUGGUGCAGGCGCACAUUUUCCACCUCUUCCUGAGGGACGUCAAGCAGGCUGAGGCCUUCCUCAACAACCAGGUCAGUUAGCCUCUUGUUGGACUUCCCAACACCAAUAUAUCUAUUAGCAAUAUUUAGUAGUUAGGCCUAUAUACUGUAUGUUCUGUGGUGAGAAAACACACUGAGUCAAUUUCAUAUUUAGCUAAUCUGUGUUAUUAGUCAGUCAUUCAUAUUAAACAUGAAUAGCUACAAUAUGACUUCUGACUGUACUAGAUAUUGAUGCUGGAAGCACAGUGCUAUUACGGUGAUGGUCAGUGCUAUUACGGUGAGGGUCAGUGCUAUUACGGUGAGGGUCAGUGCUAUUACGGUGAGGGUCAGUGCUAUUACGGUGAGGGUCAGUGCUAUUACGGUGAGGGUCAGUGCUAUUACGGUGAGGAUCAGUGCUAUUACGGUGAGGGUCAGUGCUGUUACGGUGAGGGUCAGUGCUAUUACGGUGAGGGUCAGUGCUAUUACGGUGAGGAUCAGUGCUAUUACGGUGAGGGUCAGUGAUAUUACGGUGAGGGUCAGUGCUAUUACGGUGAGGGUCAGUGCUAUUACGGUGAGGAUCAGUGCUAUUACGGUGAGGGUCAGUGCUGUUACGGUGAGGGUCAGUGCUAUUACGGUGAGGGUCAGUGCUAUUACGGUGAGGAUCAGUGCUAUUACGGUGAGGGUCAGUGAUAUUACGGUGAGGGUCAGUGCUAUUACGGUGAGGGUCAGUGCUAUUACGGUGAGGGUCAGUGCUAUUACGGUGAGGGUCAGUGCUAUUACGGUGAGGGUCAGUGCUAUUACGGUGAGGAUCAGUGCUAUUACGGUGAGGGUCAGUGAUAUUACGGUGAGGGUCAGUGCUAUUACGGUGAGGGUCAGUGCUAUUACGGUGAGGGUCAGUGCUGUUACGGUGAGGGUCAGUGCUAUUACGGUGAGGGUCAGUGCUAUUACGGUGAGGAUCAGUGCUAUUACGGUGAGGGUCAGUGAUAUUACGGUGAGGGUCAGUGCUAUUACGGUGAGGGUCAGUGCUAUUACGGUGAGGAUCAGUGCUAUUACGGUGAGGGUCAGUGCUGUUACGGUGAGGGUCAGUGCUAUUACGGUGAGGGUCAGUGCUAUUACGGUGAGGAUCAGUGCUAUUACGGUGAGGGUCAGUGAUAUUACGGUGAGGGUCAGUGCUAUUACGGUGAGGGUCAGUGCUAUUACGGUGAGGAUCAGUGCUAUUACGGUGAGGGUCAGUGCUAUUACGGUGAGGGUCAGUGCUAUUACGGUGAGGGUCAGUGCUAUUACGGUGAGGAUCAGUGCUAUUACGGUGAGGGUCAGUGCUAUUACGGUGAGGGUCAGUGCUAUUACGGUGAGGGUCAGUGCUAUUACGGUGAGGAUCAGUGCUAUUACGGUGAGGGUCAGUGAUAUUACGGUGAGGGUCAGUGCUAUUACGGUGAGGAUCAGUGCUAUUACGGUGAGGGUCAGUGCUAUUACGGUGAGGGUCAGUGCUAUUACGGUGAGGGUCAGUGCUAUUAUGGUGAGGAUCAGUGCUAUUACGGUGAGGGUCAGUGCUAUUAAGGUGAGGGUCAGUGCUAUUACGGUGAGGGUCAGUGCUAUUACGGUGAGGAUCAGUGCUAUUACGGUGAGGGUCAGUGAUAUUACGGUGAGGGUUAGUGCUAUUGCAGGGAAUGGCCAGCGUUCUAUUUGCUGCUAUGCUGCCAGUGAAAACUCCAGGCCUGCACUCUUAGAAAAAAGGUGCUAUCUAGAACCUAAAUGGGUUCUUUGGCUGUCCCCAUAAGAGAACCCUUUUAAGAAUAGUUUUUGGUUCCAGGUAAAAUCCUUUUGAGUUCCAUGGAGAACCCUUUACACAAAGUUCUGCCUGGAACCAAAAAGGGUUCUACCUGGAACCAAAAAGGGUGUGGAAAGGGCAUUAUCUCCCGAGUGGCGCAGUGGUCUAAGGCACUGCAUCGCAGUGCUAGCUCUGCCACUAGAGAUCCUGGUUCGAAUUCAGGCUCUGUCGUAGCCGGCCGCGACCGGGAGACCCAUGGGGCGGCGCACAAUUGGCCCAGCGUCGUCCAGGGUAGGGGAGGGAAUGGCCGACAGGGAUGUAGCUCAGUUGGUAGAGCAUGGUGUUUGCAACGCCAGGGUUGUGGGUUCGUUUCCCACGGGGGGCCAGUAUGAAAAAAUUAAAUAAAAUAAUGUAUGCACUCACUAACUGUAAGUCGCUCUGGAUAAGAGCGUCUGCUAAAUGACUAAAAUGUAAAAAUGUAAUUGUGGAAAUGAUCAGAUGGUUGCUUUUACAGUUACACACAGCACAGCAUAUGCCUGCGAUCACUAGCCUAGAUGUAGAAUUCAUGGGUGGCUCUAUAGCAGGAAAUCCCAGCAAGAUAUGACAGCACAACCAACGACCAAUCGUAGACCUGCAACAUUGCAGACCUGCAGCAAAACUAGUAACUAUCUGCUUGCACACUAUUGUGAUGGCAAUUUGGUCUUCACUGUGCCAAUUAGGGCUCACAGGCUUUAGUGUCUAUAUGUGGGUGUUUAUACAGUACAAUUGAUAAGGUUAAAAUGUCAACAUAUAGUUCAUUUAACAUUUUUGCCACAUUGUUUUGCAUUUAUAUUCAUGCACAGUAUACCUUCCUUUAUUGGGCCAUGUGUGCGAGUAUGUAAUGGUCUAUCUAUAGGUUAUGCUAUGCAAGCUGGAAUAUAUACACCAGUUUAUACAGUACACUCCAUUACAGGGUCUUUGCAUGCAGAACAGUGCUCCAUUCCAGUUGAAAUGUCAAAAGGCAUGCAUUUCCCCGACUUCUCUGUCCGUGUGUCAGAGCAUGUCUGUUCUGGUUUGCUAACAGACUUUUACCACAGACCCAGUUCUCCCUUAUUCCCUAUAGAACAAGAGGCCAACGGAUUUCUUUUUGAAUAAUUGUCAAACAAGGUGCCAUGGACUUGUUUUUGGUCUUUCACCCAUGUUUCUCUCAACCAUUAGCAUGUCUCAACGAGUAUCUGACCAUACAUUUAGGAAUGUCCUUACACUAUCGCUUUACUUUACGUGUAAUUGUGUUGAACACAACAAUUCAGCAGUCACAAUUCAGACAUCUCGGUAAAGCUUUGUUGUAUGAAAUAGAACCUGAGAGGGCUGCUAUUUUCAUGCCAUCCAUUGAUCAUAAAAACGUUGUAGUGUUCCUUGCCAAUAAUGACUGAAACCUGACCUCAUUAUUUUCCUUAGAGAUCAGCAUAUUUAUCAUUCAGCAAAAUAGAAUCUGCAGCUUUUGCAUGUACUAAACAUGCUAAUGUAGUUAUUGAUAAAAUGCCAUGAGAUGAUACCCAUGUCUGUGAGCAAGGUUUUCCACACAUACUAUACAAGAGCUUACUACAGUAAUAUUCCCAUUUUCUCUCUCAGUUUUCAUUGUAUUCCCUCUACUCUCUUGUACAUUAAUAAACUCUUCACUGACAUGUGGUUCUGACUCUGUCCAUUCUCCCUGUCCUCCUCCAGGAGUCAGCCUUGGCUCACAUUGAGCUCCCCACCACGGUGGAGACGGUGGAGGCUGCCAUCAAGAAGCACAAGGACUUUACCACCACCAUGGAGCUCAACCUGCAUCGCAUCAAGGCUGUCAUCGAGGCCGGAGAGAGCCUCAUCAGCCAGAGCAACAUCUACUCGGACCGCAUCAAGGAACGUGUGGACACCCUCGCUAACAGGUGGGUGGCGACAUAGGAUUGUUCUAGUCUGACCAUGCUAUUGUAUAUCAAAGCCAUUUACAAUCUUUCUUAAACAUCUUUGACUAUACAUAGAAGAGCACAGAGGCAUGAAAAUGAAAUGCGAGGCAAGUCCGACCCAUAUAGCAGCAUGACUGAAUAUUCACCUGGCCUUAUUUAUACAGGGGAGGGUGCUGCGCUCAAGUCUGAAACACAUGAGGUAUAGGUAGAUGUGUCACUUGUCACUUGGCAGAGGCACAAUACCAUAUACAGUGCAUUCGAAAAGUAUUCAGACCCCUUGACUUUUUCCAAAUUUUGUUUUGAUUAAAUUGUUUUUUUACCCUCGUCAAUCUACACACAAUGCCCCAUAAUGACAAAGCAAAAACAGCAAAUAGAUUUUUUUGCAAAUGUAACCCCCCCUGAAAUAUUACAUUUACAUAAGUAUUCAGACCCUUUACUCAGUACUUUGUUGAAGCACCUUUGGCAGUGGUUACAGCCUUGCGUCUUCUUGGGUAUGACGCUACAAGCUUGGCACACCUGUAUUUGGGGAGUUUCUCCCAUUAUUUGCUGCAGAUCCUCUCAAGCUCUGUCAAGUUGGAUGGGGAGCAUCGCUGCACAGCUAUUUUCAGGUCUCUCCAGAGAUGUUCGAUCAGGUUCAAAUCCGGACUCUGGCUGGGCCACUCAAGGAUAUUCAGAAACUUGUCCCAAAGCCACUCCUGCGUUUUCCUGGCUGUGUUCUUAGGGUCGUUGUCCUGUUGGAAGGUGAACCUUCGCCCCAGUCUGAGGUCCUGAGCACUCUGGACCAGGCUUUCAUCAAGGAGCUCUCUGUAUUUUGCUCCGUUCAUCUUUGCCUCGAUCCUGACUAGUCUCCCAGUCCCUGCCGCUGUCACGCCCUGACCUUGAGAGCCCUGUUACUUCACUAGUUAGUUUGGUCAGGGUGUGAAUGCUAGAUUUUGAUAUAAUCUAGUUUUGUUGGCCGGGUGUGGUUCCCAAUCAGAGGCAGCUGUCGAUCGUUGUCUCUGAUUGGGGAUCAUACUUAGGUAGCCAUUUUGCCUACCUUAGUUGUGGGAUCUUGUUUCUGUUUAGGCUUGUUGCUGUUAGCCUUUAGAACUUCACGUUCAGUUUCUUUUGUUAUUUUGUCAAGUGUUUAUUUAAUAAAUUAAACAUGUACGCAUACCACGCUGCACCUUGGUCCAAUCCUUUAUACAACGAACGUAACAGCUGCUGCAAAACAUCCCCUCAGCAUGAUGCUGCCACCACCAUGCUUCACCGUAGGGAUGGUGCCAGGUUUCCUCCAGACGUGACGCUUGGCAUUCAGGCCAAAGAGUUAAAUCUUGGUUUCAUCACACCAAAGAAUCUUGUUUCUCAUGGUCUGAGAUUCUUUAGGUGCCUUUUGGCAAACUCCAAGCGGGCUGUCAUGUGCCUUUUACUGAGGAGUGGCUUCCGUCUGGCCACUCUACCAUAAAGGCCUGAUUGGUGGAGUGCUGCAGAGAUGGUUGUCCUUCUGGAAGGUUCUCCCAUCUCCACAGAGGAACUCUAGAGCUCUGUCAGAGUGACCAUCGGGUUCUUGGUCACCUCCCUGACCAAGGCCCUUCUCCCCCGAUUGCUCAGGUUGGCCGGCCGGCCAAUUCUAGGAAGAGUCUUGGUGGUUCCAAACUUCUUCCAUUUAAGAAUGAUGGAGGCCACUGUGUUCAUGGGGACCUUCAAUGCUGAAAAAAAAAAUUUGCACCCUUCCCCAGAUCUGUGUCUUGACACAAUCCUGUCUUGGAGCUCUACGGACAAUUCCUUCGACCUCAUGGCUUAAUUUCUUCCUCUGACAUGGACUGUCAACUGUGGGACCUUAUAUAGACAGGUGUGUGCCUUUCCAAAUCAUGUCCAAUCAAUUGAAUUUACCACAGGUGGACUCCAAUCAAGUUGUAGAAACAUCUCAAGGAUGAUCAAUGGAAACAGGAUGCACCUGAGCUCAAUUUCGAGCCUCGUAGCAAAAGAGGGGAAAAAAAACAAUUUGAUCAAUUUUAGAAUAAGGCUGUAACGUAACAAAAUGUGGAAACAAUCAAGGGGUCUGAAUACUUUCUGAAGGCACUGUAUGAUUGCACUAUGGAUAUUGAAAUAUAAAAUGUUCUUCAUCCUUGAAAUAUGAGUUAAUUAUACUAUAGUGAUAAUGAAGUGGUCUUGGUAGCAGGUGGGCUUCACAAACACAAUGGUACACAGAGGAGACUAGCAACUGAAAGAAACUCCCCUUGUUGAUACUUGCCUUAACAGCAGAGCAUGAAAUUCAUACUGAUGGGUGAGGCAAGGAGGGGCCUAGUUACCCCAUAUUCAAUUCUCCACCCCAACAAUAGCAUGGGGCGACCACGUUAGGGAGAUAUUUAGAUGAGACCGUUGGCCGACUCAUGUCUUUACAAUGGACUCACUGUUGUUCGGUGUGCUGCACCAAAAUCCAUCUACAUCAUAGAGUUACAGUUGCAGAUACCAGUAGAGUGAUUGAUGCAGUGUGUGAAUGAAUUGAGCAGUGUGUGAAUGAAUGGCUCUAUGUCUCUCUCCUCCACAGAGGCAACCAGAACCGGGAACUGGCCCAACAGUGGCUGGAGAGGCUCAACGGCCAGUGGGGGCUCCAGAGGUUACUACAGGACUGCCACGAGGUAGGACACAACAUGAAUAGUGUCAAAACCAACACUGGCAUAUCAAUGGAAUAACCAAUGGGAGGUAGUAAGGGUUCAAAAAAAGGCUCUGCUUGGGACCACAGGGGGUCAGGCUUAAACCUCGAAAUGGAUAUCUUGUUGCUGGAUUCAGUGAUAUACUAAAACUCUGCUUACCUGGAAUUGAAUGAUAUCUGAAAGACCUUUGGUGGGGUCUAUCCCUUCCUCAAUCUUUAUAUCAGGGGUGACCUUUUUGUUUUUGUUUUAUGUAAGUUGAAGGAUUUGAGCCGGCCGGCUGCUGUGUUAGAUGCUUAACUUGGGGAUGGAGUGACAGACGAACUUGACUCAUCUGAGGUAUAGAUGUGAUUGGAUGUUGUUUGACCUGCUGGAUCUUUCUGACUGGACAGUCAACUUCUGGCAAACCCCUUGAGAGAGGUGGACCUAGUUGAUAGUCGGUGGAUACUUGUCAUACGGUUGUCAUUUGGUUGUUAAUGAAGAUCAUGCUUUGCUGUGACAUGACUUUGACUGCCAUGUUUAAGCUGUGCUGUGUGUCAAUGGGUCAGGAGAGCCAUAUUCAGUGUUCAGUGCCCAACCUGGAUGUAUCAGCUGUUCAAAGGGUCUCAUAGUCUGCCCCACAGCUUUAUUCAGUUUCUACAACUUCCUCUCUGCCUGCCCUGCAUUGAAUAAUUCACCACCACCUCCAUCAUUAAUUCAGGGGAAAGGGAGUGUGUAUCUGUGUGAGAAGCUUUCCCUCCCUGUGUGUGGCCUAAUGUAUGAGAGUGACACACACUGCGACAGUUUGUAAGAACGUGCAGAACCAAGUCAGAAGUGCGUUCUUCACUUUCCAGCUUAAGCUCUACUGGCUUGAGAAGAAAGGGUUGGUGCAUGUCCAGCGGUAGUUUUUUACCAUGCUCCAUUCUGAACCUCAAUUCUAGAAGAAUUCUAGAUUUUGCUAGUUCACUUGUCUAUGGCUGCAUCCCCAAAAUAAAGUGCAAUAUACAGUAAAGGGAAUAGUUUGCCUAUAGAUAUGAGAUGGACCUGUUUAGCUCUAUCUGACCUAUUCUUUGAGUGAGAUGGUAAGAUGGAGCCAUGAGGAGGAGGAGGCCUGGUCACCCUGGUCACAUUGAUCUGACCUGACUGUGGACUGGAGGCAGAGGCUCAUCAUCUCUAAUAGCGGUGGUACACUGGAGUCCAUUUGAUGAGCGCCAUUCCUAUAUUUCCCAUAAGCUGCUGCCUCCCAGUCUCCACAUGGGCCCAAUUCAUUUGGAGUCCCAGGGGGGGGGGGCUAUCUGCCUGUGACCCCCACUGACCUCUCUGGUCAGGAGGGCAGCAUCCAGGGGUGGUCCUGGCCGCCAGAGAGCAGGAUGCUGAGAGGUUGAGGAGAAAAGCAGGGGCGUUGGAGAGGAAUAUGCCAUGGACCCUUUAAACGAAAGGAAAGCAGUAAAUCUAUCAAACCACAGAUAUACCUUCCCCUCCGCUCAAUGAUGUAAUUUCAAGUGCAGAGCAUUCUCCCUGGUGACGCCUCACAACAGCGUAGGAUCUCUCUCUCUCUCUGCUGCUCACCCACUCCCCCUCCCCUCCUCUCUCCCUUGCUGGCUCCAUCCAGUGCAUUACCUCGCUCUGCUCAGCCACUGCAGCAGUAGCAGGGUUGGGGAAACUGGGGCUUGUUACAGCCCGGAAUAUAGCCGCGUGCUGCUGGAAGAGGCAAAGACUGCAGCAGAGAGAGAGAGAGAGAGAGAGAGAGAAGAAAGACAAUAGGAAUGUGAAAGAGGAGUCGUGAGGUGUUCUGAAGAGAGACGAGCGUGUCUGGAUUUCUUUGGAGGAGCCAGAGGAGCAGAAUCUCUCACCUCCAUCCUCCCUCCUCGACUAUCAAACGCCAGCCCCCUCCUCCCACAUCCCAUCCCUCCCUCUCCUCACAGCAUCACUAACCACAACCACUGAGCCUCCAGGCCAUCGCUGAUGCUUCCAAAUCCAGGCCCGUCCUCCACCAGCCUGUUCGCUGAAGGUGGGGGCUGAAUGAGAGGGAGAGGAGAGGGUUCACGGGGAGGGGCAAACCUGCUCCUGGAGCCAUUUUAUUGUUUUGGGGAGAUUUUUCUCCCCUCCUCAUCCAUCUCCCUCUCUCUGGAUUGAACAUACCAGCCACGGCAACGUGCCACGGCAACACGGCAACGCAGCAGCAGAGAGGCUAGUGCAGCCUCAGCGUCAUCUUACCUCCGUUUUUUUUUUUAGGAGCAGCUUUGCCUUGCUGCUGGUUUGUUUUGAUUCUUGCAGCAUCUCUCUCUCUCUCUGACUGUGGAGGAUUUGUGCUUUAUUCCUACCUGGAUGGGCAGGUUGAGGAUGUGGAUACGUACGGCCAUCCAUCACAACCCUAUGGGGCGUUCCCGUUAAACGCUGCCUGCCGGUAAAUGGAACAGAUUUCCCGAUAGAUGUCUGGGAAGUAGCAGUCGAGGACGGGAGAGACUAGUCCAGAGGAUGGGGGUGGAAAUAUGUGGGUGGCAGGCAGGAGAUAGAUAGUUAUUUUUAUAUUGCUUGUACUGAUGAUGUUGAAUGGGCAGGGAUAUUUGCAUGUCAAUUUGUAUGUUUGGCCUUAAAUGUAAUGGUCAGCUUGCUUUUGUACCUAAUGUGCCAAUGGAUUAUUUGCUUGUGUUGAGGUGUGCUUGUGCGUGUUCUGUGUACAUGUGAAUGAAUUCCUGUAACCAUGUGUAUGCGUGUGUGUACAACACGUGUGUCUGCAUACAUGUGUCUGCUGUAUGUGUUUAAUAUGCAUGUGCUUGACCUUGUGUGUGUUUCUGUGUUCAUGUGAUUGGAUGAUUGCUUUUCUAUUCUUUUCUAUAUGUGUUUAUUUUUUACCCAUUGUGUGCAUUUAUCUUUUAGUUUUUCACGUGACUAUGGUCAUAUGUUCAGCCUGAAUACGUCUCUGUUUGUGCUUGUUCAGGUAUUGUGUGCGUGUGCGUGUGUGUGUGUGUGUGUGUGUACAGACACGUGCCUGCAUAUGUGUGUGUGUGUCUCUAUGUAUGUUGGCAUCUAUGCUACUCUGUAUACAUCUGUUAGUAGCCUACAUUGACCACCUAGAUGACAGUACAAAUGCAUUGAGUGGGAUGAUCAUCCUGUGCUGACAGCUCUGUCUCUUGUCCCUCAGCUUGGAGACUGGGUGGCAGAGAAGAUGCUCAUGGCUCGUGACACGUCCCGCGAUGAGACGCAGAAGCUGCACAAGAAGUGGCUGAAGCACCAGGCCUUCAUGGCCGAGCUGGCCCAGAACAAGGAGUGGCUGGAGAAGAUUGAGAGGGUGAGUAGAGUACAGUACCGCUGGGGCUCUACACAGAGGCGGGGGUGGGUAUCUACCAUGGGC